UUUCCUGUUGUUUUGCGUCGGAGAACUAGAGUGAGAACAGAACACGGGACCUGAGUGUCUUUUAAGAGAUAGUUGGUUGUAUUUCAGGUAAAGAAAGGAAAGGAAAAGAAAACAAAAAGGCGUCACCUCAAGAUGCGAGUAUCAACACGAUCCAACCUCGCGGCAGCGACGCUCGCCUUCGCCUUCGCCUCCAUCACCACCUCCGCGGCAGGGGAAAUCACGGACGCAGUUCGGAGCAAGAACUCGACGUGGAUGGCGUCUAGCAUCAUGUCGCGCAGCCAGGGCAUCAUGACGGGCAACGGCGGCUCCUCGGAGCUCCUGCAAGCGGGCUUCACGCAGCGCGCGCUCACGGCGCUCGCGGCGCAGUACCCCUCCGACGCAUUCACCUCGGACGCGAAGGCGUACGUCCUGUCGAGCGCCUCGUCGGUGUCGCCCUUCGUCCGGAACGCCACGCGCGACGCCCUCGCGUACCCGCUCGACCGGCUGUCCAACGGCCUCGCGCUCCUGGACCUGGCGACGCCGACGGAAAACCUGACGUCGGGCCCGGGGUCGUUCGCGAUCGCAGCGACCGCCCUGCGCGAGAGCAUCGACCUCAACCGCCGCAACGCCGAGGGCGGCAUGUGGUACUACACAUACCCACACUGGAGCUACCUCGACGGCAUGUACUCGCUGGCGCCCUUCUACGUGCGGUUCCACGUGGAGGCCGAGACGGCCUACCCCAUCCCCGAGUGGAAGCAGGCCACCGUCGACGCCGCCAACGACACCUACCACCAGCUGGACCUGCUGUGGCGCCACACGCGCAACGCGUCGUCGGGGCUGCUGGCGCACGGCUACGACGCCUCGCGCACCGCCGUGUGGGCGGACCCGGAUACGGGCGCGAGCCCGCACGUCUGGGGCCGGAGCCUGGGCUGGUACGCGAUGGCGCUGGUGGACCUGCUCGAGGUGCUGCCCGAGUCCGCGGCCCUGUGCGAGUACCGGGAUCUCGUGCUCGAGAAGCUGCGCUCCCUCGCCGGCGCGAUUGUGAAGGCGGUUGAUCCGGCGACGGGAGGAUGGUGGCAGGUUCUGGACGAGCCGGGCCGCGAGGGCAAUUACAUCGAGUCGAGCGGCAGCGCCAUGUUCGCGUAUGCUCUGCUAAAGGGCACGAGACUCGGGUACUUUGCCACGGACGCCACUCUGGCAUCGGCUGCCGUGGAUGCUGCUAUUCGCGGCCACGGGUACCUAACAGAUACGUUUGUGGUCCGUGAGACGAACGGCACGCUUGGGUACAACGGGACUGUGUCGGUGUGCAGCUUGAACUCGACGGCAACUUAUGAGUACUAUAUUGGACAGCCCAUCAACUAUAACAGCGUGCUCGGAUCCGCAGCUUACAUACUUGCAUCCCUUGAAGUAGAGCGCCUGGCGGCUCAGUGAAUGAAUCAUGGCCGUAUAUAUAUGUAAUACCUCAUCUUGUAGGCUAAUUCGUUUCAAAUGAUACCCGCCAGGGUCAAAUACGUUAUAUUACAAGUUCAAUAGUCUUGAUCUAGCCAUACCCACCCAUACAUACUUAAACUUUAUCUCUUCUCUUAAAUAAUAACUAAAGUGAUGGGAAUGUAAUAACGGACGUAAAUGCUCUGAGACUUGCAGGAACUGUCUAUAAUCAGUUAGGUACCUCCUAUGCAGAUUUAUCAAAUUAGCGAUGGUGACUACCGAGCCCUCUGAUAGAUCUGAUGAUCAAGUUCGCACGAGAUCUGAUCACAAGUAUCAAUAAGUCCAUUCCAACGCAGGCACGCAGUCUUCAUCAAGGGCCAAAUAAAUUUGCGCCGGGUCGCCACAAAGUUUGUGGAUAAGGAAUUAGCAGGGA